UAGAGCGCCACCUAACCACGGAAAAGUGAACUGUCACGAUUACAUCGGUGCAUACGUUUAUUUAUUUUCUGUUCCUUUUUCUGUUGUUGCAAAACCCCGCCGCGAAUCGACGAAAGUGUGCGAUAAUUCUGCCGGGGCUCUGCAAAGUUAAAUUCGUAAUCUCACCGCACACGAGGCUGCUGCUGCGCUGCAUCUAGUAGGUGUUUGGUGUUUCGUUAGUGAUUCUACUGGUUGGCCCGCAAAAUCAUGGAAAAGGUGCGCUCAUAAUUGAUAAGGUUCAACUAGAGAGUUCAACAGCGGCUCGAAGAACGAGUUCCCCACGGUCAAUUGGUAAUUUGCCUCGCUGGUCGCAACCUCGCCACGAUGGUCGAAUCGUUCGGUCGUCUGCUGUUGAUGCGUCUGUUGCUCGGUUUCUUGGGCGGCUUGCUGACGGCCACGCUGAUCGUAGCGCUCAUGGCACGGCAAGGCAUUGCCCCGUUCGAGCCGGAACCGUCUUCACCGGUGCUGCCGCAAGCUCGCAUCAGCGUAGGCUGGGACGACUUUCCUCCGCUAAAGAAUGACAAUCUGCUGCGUGCGGCCCGGGGCGAACCGGUCGACCGUGUGCCGGUGUGGGUGAUGCGCCAAGCCGGUCGCUACCUGCCCGAGUUCCAGGAGGUGCGCGCGAAGCAUGACUUUUUCACCGUCUGCCGAACGCCGGAGCUGGCCUGCGAAGUUACGAUGCAGCCGUUGCGCCGGUUCGACCUGGACGCGUCGAUCAUCUUUUCCGACAUACUGGUCAUCCCGCAGGCGCUGGGAAUUACGGUGGAAAUGAAGCCGGGCGUCGGCCCCGUGCUGCCCGAACCGCUCGUCGGUCCGGCCGAUCUCGACCGGCUCAAUCAGACCGGCACGAUCGAGCGGCUAAAGUACGUCGGCGAGGCGAUAACGAUGAUGCGCCGCAUGCUCGAGGGCAAGGUGCCGCUGUUCGGCUUUACCGGCGCGCCCUGGACCCUGAUGGGCUACAUGAUCGAGGGCGGAGGCAGCAAGACGAUGUCCAAGGCAAAGGGCUGGCUGGCGGACCAUCCGGAAGCAAGCCAGAAGCUGCUGGACAUUCUCACCGACCAGGUGGUGGACUAUCUCGUGAUGCAGGUGAAGGCCGGCGCCCAAAUGCUGCAGGUGUUCGAAUCCAGUGCGGACCACUUGAGCAAGGAGCAGUUUCUUUCCGUCUCGCUGCCCUGUCUGAAGCGCAUCCGGGUGGAUUUGCUCCGGAAGUUGGCCGACGAGGGCGUUCCAGCUGUGCCGAUGGUGCUGUUUGCUAAGGGCGCUAUGCACUCACUGGAGGAGAUGGCGCAAACCGGGUACGAGGUGCUCGGGCUCGACUGGACGAUCGAUCCGGAGGAGGCACGCAAGCGGGUCGGCCCGAACGUGACGCUGCAGGGCAACCUGGACCCGCAGGACAUGUACAAACCGCCGGAAGAGCUGCGCGAGCUGGUGCUGACGAUGGUGCGCAAGUUUGGCAAGCAUCGGUACAUCGCCAACCUGGGCCACGGCAUUACCCCGCAGACACCGAUCGAAAGCAUGUCCGUGCUGGUGCAGGCAGUGCACGAUGCGUUGUGAUAGGUGCCCAAACCGUUAACGCCUCCUGUCCCCAAACAGUGUCCCUUUGCGACCCAGUUGCUGUGGCGUACCAUUUCGAAAAUGGUGCAUCGCGUAGAAACAAAACCAUUUUGUUUUGAUAAAUAUUUGCAUUUAAUUAGCUUCCAAAUGAGACAAGAUUAUCAGCUGCAUUGAGGGAUUGCACAAUAUCACAUCGCCUCGAAGCCAUUACUAUCUCUCAGGGCAGGUUUUGCAAUGACGAGCAAUUGGCAAGAAGUUGGCCUCCUCAUCGUUAUCGCUCCUCAGCUCAACACGCGGGCGACCAAGAAACACGUUGCAAUGCUUUUUGGCAGGGUUGGGGCAUUUCGUUUUGUUAUUGUUAUGGGGAGAAAUUAACAUGUUUUGCAAUAAAAAAAGGAUGUAAGGUGCGUGGCCAUCUUAAAAUCAAA